AAUUUGAAAAUAAUAUACUCCCGAAAACAAAAACCCUAGUAGUUAUAGUCCCGUUCCUCUCCGUCACUGUCUCUCCCUCUGCAACUGCAAAGAUUUCUUCCCGACGGUGACGGCCACCUCCCGACCUCACCUCUCUCGUCCUCAAUCCCACGCCCCGACCCCCUCGGCUCUCUCCCUCUUCGACGCCACUGACAGCAGAGCAGCUCUUUUCCUCUGGCGCCCGUUUCCGGUUCUCCCGCCCACCGAAGAAAUACCGUGGCCGUUUCCGACAGGAGUUCAAAAUGGUGUUACCUUGUAAACGUUCAAAAAAGUCUCAGGACAGUGAUGAUGAAUUCGAUAAUGAUGUUGAUAUGGACAGUGAUGAACUAAGUGUGGAAGAGAAUGAAAUAGAAGAUGAUGAUGAAUUCGAGGAUGAGGAUGACAGUGCUGACGACGAUGAUGAAGAGGACGAAGAGGAAGAGGGAGAAGAAAAUCAAAAUAGUAAUAAGCAAAAUACCGAUGCUGAGAUGGAAGAGCUUGAGAAAGAAUAUAUGAAUCUUCGCGACCAGGAGCAAAAUAUCUUUCAGAAUUUGAAACGUCAUAAGGAUGAAGAUAUUCUUAAAGGACAAGCAGUGAAGAAUCAAAAGGCUCUUUGGGAUAAAACUCUUGAGCUUAGAUUUUUGCUUCAGAAAGCAUUCACAAGUUCAAAUAGAUUACCACAGGAUCUACUUAGGUCUUCAUUCUGUGAUUCAGAGGAGAGUGUCAAUGCAGCGUAUUCUGACCUAAUUACAUCGUCAAAGAAAACUUUGGAUUCUAUGAUGGAACUACAGGAGGUUUUACUUGAAAAAAAUCCAUCUAUUAUUCAAGCCACGGAUGGUAAACCUGGACAAGUGUCUAAGAAUUUGCAAUCUUUGAAGAGCUCUACUGUGAGUGAUGAUGAAGAUUGGGCUCGAUUAUCUCAAUUGCAUGCAAGGAUAGCUGCUUUUAGAGACAAGUCAGUAGACAAGUGGCAAAGGAAGACUCAAGUGACAACCGGUGCUGCCGCUAUUAAAGGCAAACUACAAGCAUUUAAUCAGAAUAUUAGUGAACAAGUUGCUGCUUAUAUGAGAGAUCCAAGUAGGAUGAUCAAGCAGAUGCAGCAAAGAAAAGCAACUGUUGCCGUAUUUGGGACACAGGUUCCUGGAGUGGAAGCUAAUCUAAAGGGAGAGGAAGCACAGGCUGACGGUGAUCCAGAACUAUUAGAUGAUUCUGAGUUUUACCAGCAUUUACUGAAGGAGUUUUUUGAAACGAUUGACCCAACAUCUAAUGAGACGGCCUUUUAUGCUCUGAAAAGGUUGCAAACCAAGAAAAGGAAAAUUGUUGAUAGACGUGCUUCAAAGGGACGCAAGAUAAGAUAUGAUGUUCAAGAAAAGCUUGUGAAUUUCAUGGCUCCUUUGCCCAUGAAUAUUCCUCCUGAUGCUCAGCAAGCGUUCAAGGAUUUGUUUGGUUUGAAUUCUAAAAGCCAUUAAAGCCAUGAUGGCUUAGCCACCUUAAGAGUCCUGAAAUCAAAACAGGCUCUGAAUUUUUGUAGUAGUAGUAGUAGUUUUACUUGUUCUUUAAUUAAUUAUUUUAAUGGUAUUCUUUUUUUACUAUAUAUAUUUUGAUGACUUGUUGUCCCAUAAUGUAUUUCGUGGAGAAGGGUCUGGCUUUAAAGAGUGAUGCUAUGGUGGUAGCGUUUCAGAGCGGGGAUAUGAAAUGUCGUUUAGGGAUAUGGAAUGUCCAUUUUCGAUGUAAUAUAUGCUUCAAUACAAUGAGCCAACUUUUCUUUUAGUGCAGUAUAAGAAAAAUGUUAAUUUGUUU